AUGUACCAUCUCCCAUAUCCCAUGUACCAUCUCCCAUAUCCCAUGUACCAUCUCCCAUGUCCCAUGUACCAUCUCCCAUAUCCCAUGUACCAUCUCCCAUAUCCCAUGUACCAUCUCCCAUGUCCCAUGUACCAUCUCCCAUAUCCCAUGUACCAUCUCCCAUGUCCCUUGUACCAUCUCCCAUAUCCCAUGUACCAUCUCCCAUAUCCCAUGUACCAUCUCCCAUAUCCCAUGUACCAUCUCCCAUGUCCCAUGUACCAUCUCCCAUAUCCCAUGUACCAUCUCCCAUGUCCCAUGUACCAUCUCCCAUGUCCCAUGUACCAUCUCCCAUAUCCCAUGUACCAUCUCCCAUGUCCCAUGUACCAUCUCCCAUAUCCUAUGUACCAUCUCCCAUAUCCCAUGUACCAUCUCCCAUGUCCCAUGUACCAUCUCCCAUAUCCCAUGUACCAUCUCCCAUGUCCCAUGUACCAUCUCCCAUAUCCCAUGUACCAUCUCCCAUAUCCCAUGUACCAUCUCCCAUGUCCCAUGUACCAUCUCCCAUAUCCCAUGUACCAUCUCCCAUAUCCCAUGUACCAUCUCCCAUGUCCCAUGUACCAUCUCCCAUGUCCCAUAUAUGCAGCUGGGUCAACGCUGGCAUGCCGCCUCACCAAUCUGCUUGUCAAGGACGCCCUCUCUCUUCCAGGCCUCAAAGCUUCUCCCAUAUACGCGCAGUGUGUGCUGUGUGCGCUGUGCCAUGUGCCAUGUCCCGUCCACCAUCUCAAUCCACCAGGCAGCGGGGUCAACACUGGCAUGCCGCCUCACAAACCUACUCGUGAAGGACGCCCUCUCCCUCGCAGGCCUCAAAGACAUAUCGGCAGUGACGGUGCUGCCGGUGGCAACAGGCAUGGCCCUCACUCUCUCUCUCCUCGCUCUCAAAGCCAGCAGACCUGCCGCACAGUGGUUCCUCUGCACAAGGACGGAGACCAGCUGUGCACGGACCUUGCAGCCAUGGAAAGGGAGGUGCACUCCCGAGGGGCGCACGCACAGGACAGCAAGGUGGUUCCUCUGCACAAGGACGGAGACCAGCUGUGCACGGACCUUGCGGCCAUGGAAAGGGAAAUAAAUUCUCGAGGGGCCGACAGCAUCCUCUGCGUGCUCUCAACCACCUCCUGCUUCGCUCCCAGGUGA